UCAGCUGAGCCCUGGUUUCCAAGAUUCAGAGCAGGAUACAGUCUUUGUCCCAUCAUCAUUCUUCCUCUAAAACGAUGCCAGGAGAAGGAGAGAGUGAUUCUGAUGAUGGCGUCUGGGUGGACUAGCCUAACUUUCAGCUGGACCGUGGAAAGAAGGUCAGAAGGACCCUGCGGAGGAAGAGAGCAUAAUUCUCCAGGACCUGCGCUGGGACCUAGGGUUUCCAGUCCCCAGUGGUCCCCAGGUUCUUCUAGGAAAGCUGUAUAAUCCCUCAUCUCCUGGGGAGAAACGGCGGCGUCCCUGAGGAAACAGAGGUCUCCCCCUCCCACCCUAAGCGCUACUGCUGGAUCCUUCGUGACAUCACCAGCCCCGUCACUGCUGCCACUGCUGGAAGUUCUGAGCUCUGUGCUGGGGGCACCAGGCACUGACACUUGCCUCUUGUUGGGAGAACAGAGGGAGCCUCUCUUGUCCACGGCCUGUGCUCCGCUCCAACUGCUGCGUCUCCCGGAGGCCUCCACCCAGGCCGCAUAGAGCCUACCUGAUCACAGCUACAGGAUGGCCUCCAGCCCAGUUGGAGUUUCUAGCCCACAGCCAUCUAGGGCCAAUGGGAACAUCAACCUGGGGCCAUCAGCCAACCCAAAUGCCCGACCCACAGACUUUGACUUCCUCAAAGUCAUUGGCAAAGGGAACUAUGGGAAGGUCCUACUGGCCAAGCGCAAGUCCGAUGGUGCCUUCUACGCAGUGAAGGUGCUGCAGAAGAAGUCCAUCUUAAAGAACAAGGAGCAGAGUCACAUCAUGGCAGAGCGCAACGUGCUGUUGAAGAAUGUGCAGCACCCUUUCCUUGUGGGCCUGCGCUACUCCUUCCAGACCCCAGAGAAGCUCUACUUCGUGCUGGACUAUGUGAAUGGGGGAGAGCUCUUCUUCCACCUGCAGCGGGAACGCAGGUUCCUGGAGCCCCGGGCCCGGUUCUACACAGCAGAGGUGGCCAGUGCCAUUGGCUACCUUCACUCUCUCAACAUCAUUUACAGAGACCUGAAGCCAGAAAAUAUUCUCUUGGACUUCCAGGGACACGUGGUCCUGACAGAUUUCGGCCUUUGCAAGGAGUGUGUAGAGCCUGAGGAGACCACCUGCACCUUCUGCGGCACCCCUGAGUACCUGGCUCCGGAAGUGCUUCGUCACGAGCCUUAUGAUCGAGCGGUGGACUGGUGGUGCUUAGGGGCAGUGCUCUACGAGAUGCUGCAUGGCCUGCCUCCCUUCUUCAACAAAGACGUGGCCCAGAUGUACGAGAAUAUUUUGCACCAGCCACUACAGAUUCCUGGAGGCUGGACAAUGGCUGCCUGCAACCUCCUGCAAGGCCUUCUCCACAAAGACCAAAGGCAGCGGCUGGGCUCCAAGGAAGACUUUCUUGAAAUAAAGAACCACGUGUUCUUCAGUCCCAUAAACUGGGAUGAUCUGUACCACAAAAGGCUGACUCCACCCUUCAACCCAAACGUGGAAGGGCCCGCUGACUUGAAACACUUUGAUCCAGAGUUCACCCAGGAAGCUGUGUCCAAGUCCAUUGGCUGCACCCCUGAUACCAUGGCCAGCAGUUAUGGGGCCUCAAGUGCAUUCCUCGGAUUUUCCUAUGCACAGGAUGAUGGUGACAUCUUGGACUCUUAAGAGACAAGGACUUGUGAAACCACCAAGACCAGCUGGCAACUGCGGGGACUACCUUCUGCUGCCAGUAAGGCAGAGUGAGUUUGAUGACUCAAAGAAGAGGGAAGUAUUUUCCAUCACACAAAAGAACAGUGCAGGGCUCAGGCUGGCAGGAACAGUAACCAAGCACCCAGUUGUUUGCAGUUCUGAUUUGCCCUUCUUGGGAAAGGACUUCUGUGUUUAGUUCCUGUUGCUGCUGUGACAAAAUAUUCAAGAAGAGUAAUGGAAAGACGAUCUAUUUGGGGUCACAGUGUCAGAUGUUUCAGUCCCUGGUUGGCUGACCCCAUUGCUGUGGGCUUUAGGCAAAGCUGAUUCAUCUUGGUGGAGUACAGCUUACCUUAUGCCUCCCAAGAAGCAGAAACAAAAGACUGGAGCAGGAAUAAGAUAUACCCUUCAGAUAUGAUAUUCCCAAGUGACAUACUCCCUCCAAGGGGCCCACCUCUUAGUUAUCAUCACCUCUCCAUGCUAUAAAAUUAUGACUCUGUGAAUGGACUAAAUCACUGAUGAAGCCUGAGCCCUCAAGAUCCAAUCCAAGGCCUUAUCAGCUGAACACAGGAACCCUCAGAAAACACUUCAGAACCAAACUGUAGUAGCGUUGAGUAUUGGGUUACAUGAUCACAAAGCAGUUCCUGGUACCCAUAAUCACUUUUCUGUUCUAAGCAAGAGAAGAGGAGGAAUGGACAGGAAUGGAUUUUUUGGAUAUCUGUUACUGCAUUUGGCAGCCUCAACACCUUUCAACAUUGAAGGAAUUCCCUACUUUUGAGCCACCACUGGGGGGGAGGGAAGUGACGACCUCCAUUUGAAUAGGGGUGGACUUCAUCCACCCCUUAGUUCAAUUGAGAUAUGUGGUCCAAGUUGCAUCUGUGCCAAACCUGGGCCCAAGGAUGGGACUUCGAACUCUCUUUGAGUCUCUCUGGUGGAAGGGGCACCGGUGCAGACUGCAGCAGCCAGCCCCCAGUAUCCCAGGGCUCCAGCACUGCUCCUGUAAGCCUCAAGCUUUUCUUUGAAGAUUUCACAAUCUCUUAACACACUCCCUUUUUACUUAGCUGUCCAAAGAACACUUCUCUUGGGUGAAUUGUGGAGCAAAUGUUCCCGUUGUUAGCAAUCUUCAUCCAAAUGACUCUAACGUAGUAAUUACUCCCCCUUCUUUUGCCAGUGAAGAGACAAGGGCAGAGAAACUGCUCCUUGCUUGAAGGCCACACCACUGGGCUGGUAACUAUAUUUGACAUAGGGCUGUCUCUACCCUUUAACCUUUGAACAGGUCCACUCCUUCAUGCUUUUAGGACCAAGAAAUGAGUCACCAUCUCUCAUCAGAAAUGGGCACAGUGCACAUGCCCUGAAAAUCAGGGAAGCAGAGAUGAGUGGAACUAUAAGUUCCAGGGCAGCCUGGUCUACAAAGUAAGUUCCAGGCAGUCAAGGAGACACAGUGAGACCAUAUCUCAAAAAAAGAAAAUCUCCUACAUCAAGGCAAAAAUUGGCUAGAACAAACAAGAGAGUGAUAAGGGGUCUUGGAGAGACCCUCACUCCUGGUCUUGGCCUGGUUAUCAAGUUCAUGUGCUUUACCUCAAGUACAGAAUCAGAUCUUGCAGGCUGAUCUGGCUAGCUACUAAGCUCCAGGUGUUCAGAUUAGUCAUUUCAAAAGGUAAUUCUGGCUAGCCAGAAUGUGGACACAUAAUGCAUGCUCAGAACAUAGCCCAUGUGGGAUAGAUUAUUCUGCUUUAUUUCAGUUUCUUUUCCACAAACUCUGGGCACAACUUCUUUAAUGACUCAAAGAAGAGGGAAGUAUUUUUCAUCACACAAAAGAAUAGUGCAGGGCUCAGGCUGACAGGAACAGUAACCAAGCACCCAGUUGUUUGCAUACUUCAAGGUGGCCUCAUUAGCUUGCUAAUUUGGGGACAAUGGGAGGACUUUCUUUGACUCACUUUAUGCUGGUGAUUUUUGUUUUGUUUUUUGUUUGUUUUUCAAGACAAGGUUUCUCUGUGUAGUCUUGGCUGUCCUGGACUCCCUUUGUAGACCAGGCUGGCCUCAAACUCAGAGAUCCGCCUGCCUCUGCCUUCCUGAGUGCUGGGAUUACAGGUGUGCGCUAUUAUACUAGUAAUUUUUUUUUUUACUGACUUUUCCUCUAUACUUGGCCCCUACUCUUUUCCUCUCAGUUUUGUCCCCUCUGUUGCCAGCCCUAGGAAUUAAGGGGGAAGGCAAGGCUGGGACACAUGAAAAGAAAACAAAACACCAGUACGAUCUAUUAGAGAUCAAAGCUGAGUCAAGAGAACUGAUUUCCAUCUUACCUAGUAUGAGUUAACUGCUAGAGGUGGGACACAAGAAGAGCACAAAUCUUUCCUGUUACAGAAGCGUUAACUGUCAGAAACCUGGACAUGCUGUGGAAAGUCCACAAUCAGCUGGUUCUGUUCUAUGAUUGUAAAGUCACAGAAUGUUUCACCAGGAUAGAAAAUAAAAAUGAAGAACAAGUA